AUGAAGAAGUUUGAGAAUUUUCUAAAACUUCACAAAAUACUUCCUAAAGUAACAUUGCCAAUAAACAAAGAAUUAUUAGUUACCACUUGUAAAUCAUUAAUAGAAAUUUUAGAAGAUACCCUUGUCAAUGUAGGUAUAGAAGAGAAUAAUAUUGAAACAGAUGACAGCACGGACAGUACAUUAUUUGAACCUGAUUAUAAUAUUAGUUUGUACAAAUUUAAAGAUAAUAUUAUGAAUGACUACUUUGAAAACUUAGAAAUUGAACGCACUAGCAUGAUGCUCCAUUUGAAUGUCAACGUUGAUAAUUUUAUAGACAAUAUUUUUGAUAUAGAAAAUACAGAAAAUGUGCCAUGGACAUUAAAUGAAGAUAUAACACGCCCACACGGUAUCUUAUGUAUAGCUGAAGAGACAAUGAUAUUAGUUCCUCAAGAAGUGAAAACUAUAUUUCAACUUUACUUUCCUAAAGUAGAACUUUUUGCUAAAAACACCAAACAAUGUAGACGGUGUAAGGCAUAUUAUAAAAAUGUAUUCAAUCCGAGAAUGAUAAAUUUUAUGAGUGGUGCCGUACAGAACAAAUAUUUAUUUCCUUUAGUAUGUGAUAAUUUAAGACCUUAUCACACGGUAGAAAAUGUUCUAUAUUUUUGCAUUCCCAAGGACUUAAUUAAAUCUUGGCAAACAUUUGUUGCCAACUCUCGUGAAAAACUUAAGCCCAUAAUGAUUAAUAACAAAUCCCUCCUUUACCAAGAUCACAAUGAAUUGUUAUUUGAGCCAACAUCUAAUUUUGUCGCAUCAGAGCAUAGUGUAUCAGUGAUAAUAACUAAAGAAAAAUGGUGA